AUUGUUGACAGCUGUAUUUUACUGCGCUACUUGUCUCUCUCGCUCUCUUUCGCGCAGUUCACUGCGAAGUCAUUCAACAAAAUAAAUUUUAUUCUCAGUUCAUUUUAAUCCAACGGUUAUUAUUGUGCUGAUAAUCGUAAACAUAAAUUACUUAACACCAGUUAUUGUGGGAUAAAAAUGUUGCAGAGUGUAUGUGUACGUGUGAAUGCAAAAUGGUUGUGUUUUUGUAAUGCUCAAUGUUAAAACAAGGUAAUAGAAGAUGUUCUCAUUAUUAUAAGACAAAAGAUCGUCCUUCACACAUUAGUAGAGCAUUGUUGUGCAAACAGGCCUGUUAUCUGCACACCGAACGGCUAUAGGUGAUUAUUGUAAACUAUAAUAAUAUUAUCUGCAUGUACGUACGUGCGUCGCUGCAGUCUAAGCAGUGUCGCUACUAACUCUUCAACUGGUGGCGGGUUCCUAUCGCUUGCUGUAAAAUUAGUAAGCUUACUAAUGGACUAGUCAUGGCUAACGUAAAAGGUAGAGUAAAAGCACAAAAAAGUGCAAGUACUAGAAAAAAAAGUAAAAACGAGUCAUUGGCAGGUAAAAAUGACACAACGGUGAGGAGACGCUACAUUAACAAAGAAAAAUAUAACAAUAACUUAGGCAAAGAUAUAUCUGAUAAAGAACCAUCUUCAGAUGAUUAUACUGACACAGAGAUAAAGAGAAUAGAGGAGAAAAUAAAGUCUGGGAAAGACAAUAUUGUCAUGAGAAGACCGAGUGAUGUAAAGCUACUUACUACACAAGAAAGAGUUCAGUGCUUACUUCAACAUGGUCAUCUGUUUAAGGGAAAAUUUCCUGUGAGACCGCCAGGAAAAUAUGUCCCCAGUAAAAAGAGAUUGGCUGCUAUGGCUGCUAAAAUAAGACCCCCUGAGAAGGACAGAUUGAUAUCUAGAAGUGGCCGAAUAAAAAAGAAAAACAAACCUGAUUUGCAACUCUUAGACAACAUAUUGAAGAGCGAGUUAUUAAUUGAUGACAGUGCAGAAAGACAAACGAGGUCACAAACUGAAAAAAAUCCCACCAAACCCUCUAACAAUAACAAUGAAAAAAUCAGUAACCAAAAUUCCACAUCAACCUCUGAAAACAAAUCUGAUGACAAUUCAUCAACAACCAAACAAAUGACACCCGACAGUGGUGUAGUUUUGACAUUGGAGCUGUUUCAAUGUGACUACUGCAAGAAAUCAUUCAGCAGUAAAUCAUCAAUACGGAGACAUAUUUAUAUACAUCUAGAUUGGCACCCAUACUCUUGUCCCCAUUGUUCAAAACAGUUUCGUCAUCAUGUAAACAGGAGGAUUCACAUAAAGAAAAAACAUAAUAACCUAUCUAAAGAACCUGAUAAAUUUGUGUGCCAUAUUUGUGAUAAGGUUUUCACAUUGAAAGAAAACCUCAGCUUGCAUUUGGCAAGUCACGUUAGUAAUGAAAAUUCUUACAAAUGCAUUUAUUGUGACAAAAAAUUUUCAUAUCAAUUACAGUUAAAUCAACAUGAGAAGCAACAUUUGGUAACUGGUCGAUAUCAGUGCACAGUGUGCAACUUGAGUUAUGGGUGUCGUAACCGAUUAGCAAUGCAUGUCAAAAGCCACUUGAAAAUAAAAGAUUAUGUCUGCCAAUAUUGUGGUAAAGACUUUCUGAGGAUGAAUUCUAUGAGGAGACAUGUACAGAUUUGUCACAGUGGUCAUAGAAUCCAGUGUCCUAUUUGCAAAAAGAACUUAAAGGGACAUUUGACAGAGCAUAUGAGGACCCAUGAGAAACGGCGACCACAUGAGUGUCCUGAGUGUGGUCAAUGUUUCACACAAUCCACUCAACUAAAUGUUCAUCGCAGAUCUCAUUCAGGAGCACGGCCUUAUGAGUGUAGAAUCUGUGACAGAAAGUUUUCACAUUCAAAUGCCCUUAUGCUUCAUAUUCGUAGACAUACUGGAGAAAAACCAUUUCCUUGUGCUGUGUGUCCAUUAUCUUUCUCUCAACUGCCUCACAUGAAGGCACACAUGCGCAAAAUUCAUGGUAAAGAAAAUCCUUACAAGUGUCCCAAAUGUGAUCAGUUUUUCAAGUUGAAGGUACAGCUUGAGAAUCAUGCAAAGCUAUGUAAGGCUAAAAAUUUGUCACAAGAAGAAAGAAUCCCAGCUUCAUCUCGUACAGAGGAGAUUGAAGUUGAGUCUGUAAUGAGCCUGUCCCGAAUGAGGUUCCUGCUCGCUCUGCUCUUCUCUAUGAUCUUAUCCAAAGAAAGACUCAAGUUUUUAGAGAAUAUAUGUCAUUGUAUCGAGAGGCGAAACGUCGGCCGUGAAUGGGUAAUAUUGAGUUUCAACAAGCGUCUGAUUGACGAUCUUCUAGUGGAUUCCCUUGAAGCAAUGGGGCACGCUUCAUGUGUUGAUGAAAAUCAAUCUCCAUUAAGUCGUCUAAAAACUAAUAUUGAGCUGCUCUUAAAACACACUGUACCAAAAGAACAGAUAGAAAAAUUCCAGAGGGAAAAUAAAACCCUGGAAGAGCUCUUAGAAAUUCUUACUGAUGAUAAAAAGAAGAAAGAUUAAUUUAUUUAUUGAUGAAAUCAAACAGGUAAUGUUAUCACAACUUAUUCCUUAAUUAUGACACGAAUACAAAUGCAUAAGUCGUAAUAUUACCAACAUAUUAAUUUUAUUGUUAUAAAAAUAAUACAGUGCAAUAAUCCAAAGUAAAGUUGAGAAUAAUGAAAAAAUUGUAGUGUUGUAGUUUUGAUAUUCGUUUUUGUGCUUGUUUAAAAUAAAAAUAAAAACUUAGAACAAACCAAAGCAUAGGAUUAACCGUGAAAAAUUACAUUUCGUUCCUAGUUUUGAUGCCAAAGCUAUUUUAUUGGUUGUUGAUUUUUAAUAAUAUAAAAAUAUCUAUACAAGCACAAAAACGAAUUUAGGCAUUUAAGAGUAGAAAAUAGUAGUUCAAAAUUUAUGAAUAGAAAAGAUGUACGUAAAGAAAAUAAUGGAUUAAGUGCAAAGCGAAUACAUUCCCAAUUAUCAUUAUUGUACUGCGAAUGAAAUGCUUUGUGAAUACUAUAUUCCAAUACCUCUAAAUUGAUUAUAACUACAUAAUAAAUAUAUCUAUAAAUGUUAUCCGUAACAUUUCAAUUUUAAAUCUGUAUAUUUCUUGUAGUAGAGAAAUUCGUAAUGGUAAAAUAAAAUAUUUAAAUAGCAACUGGAAAACGUACAAAGACAGUAGAAAAAAAAAUUCUAAUAUUUUCAUAAUUCUAUUAAACUUAUAACUUAGUAUUUAGUGAAAAAUCUAUCAUAUUUAUAGACUACAAUACAAUACUGUUCAAGUGGUAGUGAGAACCGAUAAAUACAUAUUUUGUAUUCAAUAGCAUGUUUAAAGAAUAGAUAAUAUUUAUCAGUGUGGCUUAGUACCUAUGGUAAUAAUUUAGAAUAUGUAAGUCUAAUAUGGUGUUCGAAUGAAAAUCUCGUUAACUAAGUACAUUUAAAAACAUACUUGAUGAUCUUAUGACCAUAAAUGUUUUAAUUGGUCUGUUUGUGACCCUGAUUAAUCACAGAUCUUUAGUUUGAUUCCUUGUUAGAGUGAGUAUCUUUGUUACAACAGCACCCAGACAUUUGUGAUUUAAUAUCUGGGUGUACUAGUUUUUAUCACUAAUGUGCUUCUGGCGCCUAUAUAAUAUAGCAUUAAUAUAAAAUUAUAUCUUUGAACUUCAAUGUGAAGCGGCCAUUUAUUUAGGUAUAAGCUAGCAGUGGCUGACAGUAAAUCUAAAAUACGUGAGAGCUCUCAUUCAUUUCAACAUAUUAUUGACUAUAUUCUUUUUAUAUGUGAAGAUGUUAAGUGGUUUUCUGAGCCCAUGAAAACGUGUCCUUCGUCAUGUGCUAAAGCAAUUGUGCGUUCCGGGUUGAAGAAUGGACCUAGCGUUAUAUAAUAAUGACCUUGAACUACCUCAGGUCUCAAGGUGGGAAGAGGAAUUCACAUUGUAAUAAUUCGAUAACCAUUUAAAACUAGGCGAGCCGUCAGCUUGCUCACCCAUCUAUAUCUAUUACUGGUGGUAAGACAUCUUGUGAUUCCGCACGGGUAGGUACCACGAGCCUACGUAUUUCUGUCGCGAAGCAGUAAUGCGUUUCGGUUUGAAAGAUGGGGCCGUUGUACUGUAAGUAAACUGAGACCUUAGAACUCAUAUCUCAAGGUAGGUGGCGGCCUUUACGUUGUAGAUGUAUAUGGGCUCCGAUGACAACUGAAAAUCAGGUGGGCCGUGAGCGCGCCAACCAUCCUAAGCAAUAAAAAAACCUAGAUACUUUCAUUCUUCCAUCUUCCGUUAAAAUAUUAUUUCUGCAUUAAAACCAAAUCAGAACUACUGGCGUACAUGAUUAUCGAAAUAAACAUUAAUACUCACAUUGCAAAUCGUGUAGAUAAAACUCAUACCUGCAAUAAUAAAGGUAUUAGUGCACGAUUCUUUUGGAAAUUUUACGAAUAUUUACAGUACAUACAAAUACAGUAUUACAAUAUUUUACGGUAAUUUUCAGCAAAACAAUGUGAUUUAAAAUAGGAAAUGCCUAGGCAAAGUUAAAAUUACGGCUUUCAACUCUUUAACAACGGAUAAUAUUAGAUAAUCUUAUAGACACAUUUGUGUGCUAAGGUAUACUGACUUUUGGUAAUUUCAAAGCUUAUUUCUUGGUAUCAAAGGACAUAGCCUAUUGCUCAAGUGAAUAUGUAAUCAUUUAAGUUGUAAAGGCACGUUUAGAGUACCAGUAAGAAUGCUUAGAUUUAAGCUUGAAAUGCGGCGUUGCAUUAAAUUUUGUCAUUAUUUAGAACGUACCGCAAUGUAAUAUUUUGGAUCUGUAGUUCAAAAGUGGCAUUUACACUACAGUCGUAUCAAUACGGCUUUGUGUGCUUAGUGCAAGUUUUUAGCGUUCUCGAUAACGUAAAAGUUAACUCAAGUUUGUAUCGAGUUGUAACGUUUGCCUGCGUUUGCCGCUAGGGGCGCUGUUCCAACUGCAAACAAAUUUGCGUUAACUUUGACGCUAUCGAGAACGUUAAAAAACUCGGGUUAAGCACACUGGUAACCAUUCAAUACCAAACGAUCCAUGAGCUCUUCUUUGACACGUGAAUACAGUGAUUAAAAACCACGUUAAACGAUAUCGCAAUAGUUUAUGUAAGAUUGUAAGUCCCCACAGGCAGCUACCGUCAUCCGGCUUAUUUCGUGUCGCCGGGGUAGUCAAGCGUUGUGAUUUGAAGCUACACACUUCUGUCUCAAGUGGGCCGACGACAUUCACAUUAUACUGAACAUCUGAUGCAAUGCUAAAAUGAAUGAUCUCUUAAUUUUCAAGGCAUUGCGUUAUUCAGAGAUUAAAAUACACAGGAAUCACAUGCGCUGUCCUUAACGUUUACAAAUCGAGCAUAAUAUGAAUACGCCUUUAGUAAUUUGUGAAAUAGAUUAUAGGCCGGGAGCUAGUAAAGGUAAUUUUGAGCAAAACAAAAUUAAACAAUGAAGACGUUUUCUUAAAACAAAACAAAAAAAAAAGAAUGAUAAUCUAGGCUAAUGAUUGUACAAAUGCACAAAGAGCUUUACGGAUUUUAUAUUUCCUUUAAGACAUUCACGAGAUUUUCAUUCAAAAUACUUUAAACUAUUUUUAAUCAUAAAAAGUCGUGUAAGAAGCUUUCGUUUCUAACUCCGACCAGCUCAAGUUGAUUCACAGGAAUCCGAAGUCUUUGGGUAUUCCUUACUUAUAAGUAUGCAUAAUUAUGAUGGUAUGGUGGUCACCAGUCGGUUUAAAGACUUUUUGACCAAAGAAAAUUUCAUUUGAUACGCUAACGACAGUACAAUGUUUUGAGAAGUUAACUGGAUUAGGCGACGAGCGACAUAUUACGAAUCAACAAAUAAAUAUAUUAAAACAAGAAGAACAUAACAAGAUAACAACAUAAUAAUACUCGUAAUAUGUUUUCUGCUAUAAUUUAAAUAUGGCAAUCGAUUUUUUUCAAACGUCAUUGUUGCCAGCGUCGAGUAUACAGUUUCAAAAAGUUCGCCCUCAGUGUGCUUAGUCGGUUUAGAGUUUUUUAACUUCUCAAUCGCGUAAAAAUUAACUCAAAAUUAUAUGGAGUUGGACAGCCUCCCUUCGUUUGCUGCUAGGGAAGCUGGUCAAACGCCAUACAAAUUUGAGUUAACUUUUACGCUAUCGAGAACGUUAAAAACCUCGCACUAAGCACCCUGUUGACUUGUUUCGUUCAGAAACUUUAAACGGAAUAGAAAAUGUAUAAUUAUGUAUAAAAAUUUAAUUACAUAUUUGCAAUAUAUUGUAUUGUACGAUUUGAAUUUUCCCUUUAUAGAAAUAUUAAGAACUAGAUUGAAAUACGUCUAAUAAUCAUCUACGGGGAAUGUAUUCAUUCAUUUAGAAAUUAAAUAAUAUUUUUAUUAAUUUAGGAUAUAAUUUUCGAUUUCUUAAAAUGUAAGAAAAGUGUUUUGUGGUGUAAAUUUUCAUACUACGUGAUUCUUUAAGUGUUUAACCCACUUUGGUUAAAGCUUCCUCCAAAUAAAAUUAUAUUUGCUUGCCAUUAUUAAAUCUUGAAGUGAUCUUCCCAAAGAUAAUAUUGAAUAGUUUUAAUUGCAUUUUAUGUUUUGUUAUUAAAAUAAUUAUUGUUUUAAUUUAUUUUAUAUAAAUCAUUCCGGUGGUUAGUUGUAUGUGCCAUUUCAUUGUUUGAUGGUUGAUUAAUUAUAAUUAAUUUUAAAUUAAAUUAAGUGUGUUUGUUUCUAAAAUAAUUAUUUUACUUUCUGAUACAUUUUUUUUAUUAAAUAAUAAACACAAUAUUCCUGUAUUAAUCUAAUUAAUCUAAUAUUUUUAAUAGUACGUUCUCACAUUGCUCAUGGGUAAAAGGUGUUUAAAAUGUUAUCCAUAAAUUCAUGAGUAAUAUUUAGAUGUUUGGUAUAUACUCUGUAAGUACUAAUGAUGUCACUACAGUGUAUGAUGCACAAAGUUUUCUUUUUGGCAUUGAUUAACAUGUUUUUGAAUUAUAGAUCUAUCUACUAAUGUUAAAAUCACAAUAUUAUUAUGUUGAUUUCUCAGAAGUAUUAGUACAUAGACGCAUCGUCUGAUGUUUGUAUGUUGGUACUAUGGUGUCCUUAACUAAGCUCAAAAAAAUGUUGGUACAUGAAGAAAUUUCUUAUUAAUUAUGUAUAAUAGAUACUGAAGAAAACGUACGUACGUACGUAAGAUUACCUUUUAGAAAGAAACUGUUAUGUAUUUUCUCAGGGAAAUUUUAAGGUAGUGCUCUGUAUGAAUAAGAUGCUGUUGUCUUCAAAUAUCAAAAUAUCUUUGCUCGAUUUGACUCUAGAAUAAUUCUAACUAGUGUUCUUUAUUUCCUUGCUACUAUGUUAGUCUGUGAAGCACAACAUAUUGUAGUUAUGUUGUGAGUUUAUUAUUACCGAUCCCAUUGGACUGUUGAAUUAGACAUUGAAUUACUUGGGAGAGUAUUGGGUGACUAUUAAAAAAAUAGUGUAAAGAGAGAUGGUAGCACACACUCCAACAAUUCAGAAGGAAUAAAAUAUGUGGCACUUUCCCGGUUUCUGGUUACUGGUUACUGGUGGUAGGACCUCUUGUGAGUCCGCGCGGGUAGGUACCACCACCCUGCCUAUUUCUGCCGUGAAGCAGUAAUGCGUUUCGGUUUGAAGGGUGGGGCAGCCGUUGUAACUAUACUUGAGACCUUAGAGCUUAUGUCUCAAGGUGGGUGGCGCAUUAACGUUGUAGAUGUCUAUGGGCUCCAGUAACCACUUAAUACCAGGUGGGCUGUGAGCUCGUCUAAGCAAUAAAUAAAUUUUUUUAUUGCUUUUAUCACACUCUGCCUCAUAAUUUCUCAGUUGAUUUGUAGGUAACGUUUGUACGUAAAAUCAUGAGCCGGUGUAUACAGCGUCGUCUUAAUGUAACAGUUAAACCGGGCGUAGUCAGAGUGUAAUUUCAAUAAUCUGUGCUACCAUUUUUGCUUGAUAGAGCAAAAAAACAUACAAACUGUUACAUUUAUAAUAUUGUAGUACCGUUAAAAAUAUUUAUACGUUUUCCGAAUCAACCUACCAUCGUGAUUUUCCUGAAACACGACACUGUUAUUUAGUUAAGUGGUCGGUGACCCGCGGCUCUGGCUUCUCGCCUACAGCAGACAGCUCCUCCGCGAAAUGUUUAGUUCAGGCACGGAUAUUAUUUAUUGUCUUGCCUUGAGACGAGUAAAAAUUUUUGAAACAAAACUAAAAAAAUGGCUAUGAAUCAAUUUAAAUUGUGUUUUAACUAUAUAUGGCUUUUUUGGUCUACAAGUUUGCCGACCACCACUGAUCUAGUUAGUAGGCAAUUAAUUUGAAACAACAGUUCGAUGGGUAAGGCUUAAAAAAAAAACGUAAAAUAAUGAAUCUUGUAUGUAAUAGAAAAAAAUUAGAUACUUUUAUUUAUUCUUUGGGUGACAAAAAAUACCAGUGCCAUUAUCUUUUUAUUUUUUAUUUGAUGGACGAAAAUUGUUCACAAUAUUAACUUGUUAAUUCAUGUUUGCAAAAAUAUCGAAUGCUUCUGUGUCCGCAAAAUUCGAAAUAAAUUAAACCAAAGAGAGAAGAUAUUUUAGGGCGCGUAUUAUUACAUAUAUUAUUCCAAACAUUUGUGCAACUUACGACCAGUGUUCAAUAACAAUAAAAAAAAAAUUACACAUUUAUCACAUUUAACAAAUGAUUAUUAAAUGCUUGUGAAAUACAUUUUGUUGAACACUGAUCCGAAGUACCAAAGAGUAAAAAAUAAAAUAAAUGCAUAGUUUUAACAAAUA